AGUAAUCGGGACGCCAUUUAGAGGAAGGCUGGAAAAGGACCUUUCUUGGAAUGCGGAAGUGGAGCAGUCAAUUCCAAUGGGAUCUUUCUUAUUGUACUUCAGUGCAAUGGACAGUUCUAUAGGAUAUGAUUAAGUGGAAUGGAUGAAAACAAUGAAUGUGGCGAGGUGGACUAUUUGCUGCAAGAUGAAGACUCACUCAUCGAAGGAGUCAGCAACCCUGUCUUGUUUGUGGUGGUUCUCAGUGUCACGUUCCUGUGUGGACUGGUAACUCUGCUCUGCAGAAAUGAGCAGUAUAACAUCCACCCAGAGAACCAGGAACAUGUCCGUGCCGUUCGGCAACAGCUACAGUCCGAAUCUCAGGAAGCUGAACCAGCCGAACCCAGGCGACAGUUCUAUACAGACAUGUCCUGUCCAGUGUGUCUACAGCAGGCCGUGCUGCCUGUGGAAACUAACUGUGGCCACCUCUUCUGUGGUUCUUGUAUAAUUGCGUAUUGGAGAUAUGGGACAUGGUUCGGUGCGAUCAAUUGUCCCAUCUGCAGACAAAUGGUGACCCUGUUGUUCCCGCUCUUCCACGAGCAAGUCUCCCCUCAGCAGGUACAGGAUGGAACAGUUGAACCGCUCCUCAUCCUCCGGGAUCUCGGCGACUACAACCGCAGGUUCUCCGGGCAACCCAGAUCUCUGAUGGACCGGCUGCGUGACGUCCCCACGUUGCUGCGCCACCUCUUCAGGGAGAUGUUCUCCGUAGGGGGCCUGUUCUGGAUGUUCCGGAUCCGUGUCCUGCUGUGUCUGAUCGGGGCUCUGACCUACCUGAUCUCCCCUCUGGACUUCAUCCCCGAGGCUCUGUUCGGUCUGCUAGGCUUCCUGGAUGACUUCUUCAUCAUCCUGCUUCUCUUCAUCUAUAUCUCUAUCAUGUAUAGAGAGGUGGUGACCCAGAGACUGGCAGCGUGAUGGAGAGAGGUGGUGACCCAGAGACUGGCAGCGUGAUGGAGAGAGGUGGUGACCCAGAGACUGGCAGGGUGAUGGAGAGAGGUGGUGACCCAGAGACUGGCAGGGUGAUGGAGAGAGGUGGUGACCCAGAGACUGGCAGGGUGAUGGAGAGAGGUGGUGACCCAGAGACUGGCAGGGUGAUGGAGAGAGGUGGUGACCCAGAGACUGGCAGGGUGAUGGAGAGAGGUGGUGACCCAGAGACUGGCAGGGUGAUGGAGAGAGGUGGUGACCCAGAGACUGGCAGGGUGAUGGAGAGGUGGUGACCCAGAGACUGGCAGGGUGAUGGAGAGAGGUGGUGACCCAGAGACUGGCAGGGUGAUGGAGAGAGGUGGUGACCCAGAGACUGGCAGGGUGAUGGAGAGAGGUGGUGACCCAGAGACUGGCAGGGUGAUGGAGAGAGGUGGUGGACCCCCAUUCAAUUCAAACUUCAUUGUCCGCUCGACUGCACAGAAAUUGAUUGUGUAGGACUAUAUUAGACACAAUGCCAGGACCAGUGUCCUAUAAUCGAUUAGUUUGAGGUCAAAGGCCCUCGGUGAGGAGGGUGCUCUGUGUCUGUUUCUUUGGACUGGGAGUUUCACCAUGCAAAAGAGUGGGGACGAGUUCAUGUGUCUGCUGGCAUCAAAAGGUCUAUGAUUGAGAGUCCUAAAGUUAACAUUCCGUUAAGUCAUCAUGUCUGCUUGUUUUAUCAGUUGAGAUGUAAUCUUUUGAAUCUGAAAGUGUGUGUAUUUUUUAAAUGAUAUGCAUUAUUAUUUUAGGGAUUGGCUAGUUACCAAGCUGCUGCUGGAUUCCAUCUAGUCUUUGUAUAAAUACCCUGUAGCAUGACUGUGGCAUGUAAAAAGAGACUGUUAUCUCAUCGUCUUAUGUGUAAGGAUUAAUAAUGUGAAAAAUAUUAUUAUUAUUAUUAUUAUUAUUAUUAAUGAGGAAAGAAAACCGUAGACUUAUGUUAACAAAAAUAAUGACAUUUGUUACAGAUUAAAAUGAUUGUAUCUAUUUUAGUUUAAGGGCUAGACUUCAAGAAAUGUAGAAAAGAAAAGGAGAAACUACAAAAGAAAAAAAAAACAGACC